ACAGGUCCGGAAGUUACGUGUCCCAUCCCCGCGCCGGCCUCCCUGACGGGGGUGAGGCCGCAGCGGACUGCCCUUUCCCAAAAUGGCGUCGAAAAUAGGUUCGAGACGGUGGAUGCUCCAGCUGAUCAUGCAGUUGGGUUCGGUGCUGCUCACACGCUGCCCCUUUUGGGGUUGCUUCAGCCAACUCAUGCUGUACGCUGAAAGGGCUGAGGCACGCCGGAAGCCCGACAUCCCAGUGCCCUACCUGUAUUUCGACAUGGGGGCGGCCGUGCUGUGUGCUAGCUUCAUGUCCUUUGGAGUGAAGCGGCGCUGGUUCGCGCUGGGGGCCGCACUCCAGCUGGCCAUUAGCACCUACGCCGCCUACAUCGGGGGCUACGUCCACUACGGGGACUGGCUAAAGGUCCGUAUGUACUCGCGCACAGUUGCCAUCAUUGGCGGCUUUCUUGUGCUUGCCAGCGGUGCUGGGGAGCUGUACCGUCGGAAACCCCGCAGCCGCUCCCUGCAAUCCACCGGCCAGGUGUUCCUGGGCAUCUACCUCAUCUGCGUGGCCUACUCGCUGCAGCACAGCAAGGAGGACCGGCUGGCGUAUCUGAACCAUCUCCCAGGAGGGGAGCUGAUGAUCCAGCUGUUCUUCGUGCUGUACGGCGUCCUGGCCCUGGCCUUCCUGUCGGGCUACUACGUGACCCUGGCUGCCCAGAUCCUGGCUGUCCUGCUGCCCCCGGUCAUGCUGCUCAUUGAUGGCAAUGUUGCCUACUGGCACAACACGCGGCGUGUUGAGUUCUGGAACCAGAUGAAACUCCUUGGAGAGAGUGUGGGCAUCUUUGGGGCUGUUGUCAUCCUGGCCACUGAUGGCUGAGUUGCAUGGUCAGAGGCUGAGAUGGGCACAGGGAGCCACUGAGGCCCACCCUGCCUUCCUCCUUGCUGGCCCAGUUGCUGUUUAUUUAUGCUUUUUGGUCUGUUUGUUUGCUUUUUUUUUUUUUAAUUAUUUUUUUGCAUUGUUAAGAGGCAGGUCUUUUCCCUAAAUUCCUGGGCUCAACCCUUGGGAGGGUGGGAGCCCUGGCGCUAAUGCCUCACAGAUUUUUUUUCCAGUUUGUUAGGAGAGCUGAGGCCAGUUGCUCCCUGGGUCUCCUGUCCUGAGAAGGGAGUAAGGCGGGCAGGGCUGUGGGUACUAAGAGUGGGAGAUGAAGGAAGGAAGAUGGAGACCGGAAAUGAGCAAAUGUGAAAAAUUCCUUUUCGAACCUGGCAGAUGCAGCUAGGCUCUGCAGUGCUUCCCAGAGAUCGCGAGUGAGAUGUGUGUUGACACACGUGCCUCAGGCCCGAGAGGAGCAGAGGGCCCAGGCGCCACAGAAGUCACGUGGGUUCUCAGGGUAUGCCAGGGGCAGAAACAGUACCAGCUCUCUGUCACCCACCUUGAGAGCAGAGCAGGCCCUGGUCUGCUGUGGGCUAUGCAGGGGUGGAGCAGGCAGCGGCCAGCUUCUCCCCCGCUGCUGCCUGUUUCCAGCUCCGUGGUUGGCCUGGUAGGGGUGGAGUGCCCUCCCAAACACCAGACCACACAGUCCUCCAAAAAUAAACAUUUUAUAUAGA